CCUAGGGGAAAGAGGGGAAGGGGGAGCAGGGAUGCCGGGCAGGGAGUUGGAGAGCCUGGCGGGUUCUGGAGGUGGGUCGUUGUUGUUCAGGUCAGGGAGGGCACGAAGGGGAGAGGGAGCGUCGAGGCCGUUUUGAGGAGUCUUAGGGUGCUUCUGAGUAAACAGCACCCCUCUCUCCCACUCCCUCCAAGAACUCGCAAACAAGCCGAAGACGGAUGGGCAAUGCUAGACCUAGGCGACACGGCCGUGCACAUCCUCUCCCGCACAGCGAGGGACAAG